AUGGCUCUGAAACUCCCAAUCACUUUCCCCAUCUUCUCCUCACCCAUUGACCCGAAUCCGAACCCGCGUCCAUCCACAAAACUCCAUUCCUCCCGCUCCAACACCGCCAACAGUCAUUCCCCGGAACCCAACUCCACCGGAAAACACAACAAUAACAACAACAACAAACCAGCAAAGCCCAAAGUGAGUUCACAAUCACACCCGGCGCUAAAGUUCUCCAAUAUCCCCAAACAAAAACUAAGAUCAGUUAACAAACCUCCUGACAAUGUGAGGAUUAGCGACGACGGACUCUCUUACGUAAUUGAGGGUGCUCCGUUUGAAUUCAAGUACAGUUACACUGAAACCCCCAAAUCGAAACCGUUGAAAAUGCGUGAACCGGCUUUUGUUCCGUUUGGACCGGUUACUAUGCCGAGACCUUGGACCGGUCGGCCUCCGCUUCCUCCGAGUAAGAAGAAGUUGAAGGAGUUUGAUUCUUUUGUGCUUCCACCGCCGCAUAAGAAAGGAGUUAAACCGGUUCAGUCUCCCGGUCCGUAUUUGCCGGGGACUAGUCCUAGGUAUGUUCGGUCCAGAGAAGAGAUAUUGGGUGAACCCUUGACGAAAGAGGAGAUCAAUGAGUUGGUUCAAAGUUGCUCGAAAUCCAGUCGCCAACUCAAUUUGGGUAGAGAUGGUUUCACACAUAACAUGUUGGAUAAUAUACAUGCUCAUUGGAAGCGCAGAAGGGUGUGCAAGAUCAAGUGUAUAGGAGUGUGUACUGUUGACAUGGAUAAUGUGUGUGAGCAGUUGGAGGAAAAGACGGGAGGGAAGGUCAUUUCCAGAAGGGGUGGUGUUCUUUACCUAUUUCGAGGAAGAAAUUACAAUUAUAAAACACGUCCGCGUUUUCCUCUCAUGUUGUGGAAACCCGUGGCUCCAGUAUAUCCGAAGCUGAUUCAGCAAGUUCCAGAAGGUCUAACGCUUGAAGAAGCAACUGAAAUGCGUCAAAAGGGAAGGAAAUUGACACCCAUAUACAAGCUAGGAAAAAAUGGUGUUUAUUAUAACCUUGUAAACAAUGUUAGAGAGGCAUUUGAAGAGUGUGAACUAGUACGGGUAAAUUGCCAAGGACUAAAUAAAAGUGACUAUCGAAAGAUUGGAGCAAAACUAAGGGAUCUUGUUCCGUGCACGUUGAUUUCAUAUGAAAAUGAGCAUAUACUUAUGUGGAGAGGACGAAAUUGGAAGUCCUCUUUACCUGAUCUCGGAGAUGACCAGAAGGAAGCCAAUAAAAUUGAUGUUGGCAAUGAAAAUUACAAAACACUGGAGUCAGAAGCUCUUGAUGUCACGGCACCAAGUCUACAGAAUAAUAACACAAAAAAUGCAAGCAAUGUAUCACAUGACACUAGUCAUAAGGUUGAGGUUCCGUGUCCCACCAAAAAUAGCAAGCAAUCUACGACUGUGAUAGCCGAAGCUUCACUCCCAAAAGACCACGAUGCUGAAACCACAAACUUUGCCACAGAUUCCUAUGGUGAACCAAAACCUUAUAGGAGCAUCAGCCCGGUUACUACCAUAUCACACGAUGGUAGCCACAUCGAAUGCCCCUCAAAAGCUAUGAAUGAUAGACAUGGAACUGUGGAUAUAAUGGACGACAAAAGCGUCACUCACAGUCUUUCUACUUCAAUUUCAAGAUCAGGUGCAAUGCUAGGUGAUUCUGCAACAACUGAUGUCAGUCUGUUACCAAGGUCAGCCGCCCCUUGUAUGAAAGGAAUUUUAUUACUAUUGGAGCAAGCUAUUGAGCUAGGCAGUGCACUUGUUUUAGAUAAAGAUUUGUUGGAUGCCGACAAUAUUUAUCGAACCACAGUUUCCUUUUCCAAAUCAGCUCCACAUGGACCUGUUUUUAUGAAACAUAGAAAGGAGGCUGCUGUGGUUCAAAAAAGUGACAAGCAAGAAGCACCAGCACCGGCAUUGGAGACAAGAGAAACUACCACUAUUACCACAAAAGGUACAAGGCAGAAGAGUCCUAGAAUUCGAAGUAAAGGAAAAUUUGAUGAGAGAUUUAUGAAUCUUGUUCCACACGGAACAUUAGGAGUUGAUGAACUUGCUAAACUACUAACAUAA